UCUAUCUUUUAGAUUGUCUGUAAGGAUAACAUAUCCCUCUUUACUUUUGUUUGCCCCUUUUGUGUUCACUCAUUCCUUAUUUUUCCCCCAAAUUACACUCACAAAAUACAUAUACAUAUACAUAUUUAUCAUGGAUAUCGAAUUAAACGAUUGGGAAGUUCUAACAGCAACAGAUGAUGACUCAAAUCCUGUAAUUCAAAACCCACCAUCAUCAUAUUUAGAAGGAAUUGAAUAUGAUUCGCAAGGUAUAAUUAAAGCUGAUUAUUUCUCACUUGAUUCCCAUAUCAAAUACCCAUCAUUAUUAUCAUCAUCAUCAUCACCAGCUUCUGCUGAUGACGUCACUGAUCAGAUAUCGGUGGCAUCAGAUAACCCCAGCUGGGUUGAUCCUGUUAAUGAUAAUUCGUAUACCAAAUCGAAACCUGUUAGUGGGUUUUGGAGCAGUGAUUGUUCCUCAGAUGAUGACGUAAUUAAGUUUGUUGAACCCGGAUCCGAACCCGAACCCGAAAAUAGUGAACAUGAUUGUAACGCUGUUGUUGCAAAAGAAACCGGCGUGAUAAGUUGUGGAAAUGAUGAGAUUGAGAAGCUUGAAAACAGUGUGAAAAUGGAUGGCCAAAAAGAAACAGGUGGUGGUGAUGAUAACAGUGGUGUGGUUGUGUGGUGGAAGUUACCAAUUGAUUUGUUGAGAUUUUGUUUGUUUAAGGCGAGUCCGGUUUGGAGUAUUUCGGUUGCGGCUGCGAUGAUGGGUGUUGUGAUAUUGGGAAGGAGGUUGUAUAAAAUGAAGCGUAAGACGAGAACCUUGCAGCUUAAGGUUGCCGUCGAUGAUAAGAAGGUAUCUCAAGUUAUGAGCCGAGCUGCAAAACUUAAUGAAGCAUUCUCAGUAGUUAAACGGUCUCCCAUCAUUCGGCCACAGUUGCCAGCUACUGGGAUUGCACCCUGGCCCAUGAUGGCAAUAAGAUGAGUGUUUAUGAUGGUGAAAUAGGUAAUUGAUGAUGUGCUGCUUGGAUCUGAGGUUCUACUUUAAAGCGUUUGUAUGGCCGUGUGUAAUAUAAAAGCUUCAACUUAAGUUGCCUAGUGACUAUUGUAACAAUCCUAUACUAUGUGUGAUCUCUGACAGAUUUGUGGUUCUGUAAUAGUUAAACCAUGAGCUGUUGUUAAUAA